AUGUCGUAUUCUAGUCAUAAUAAACCCAAAGUACGACGGUUCAAAUUAGUCGUGCAAGUGGCAGGGGUGUUUAAACAAUUGACGAUUUUUCAAUGGAUGUCAGUUUCUGAGCUGAAACAAGAAAUCUACAGGCUUUUUGGAGUCCCAGUGCAGCAACAAAGAUUGUUUAAUGGACAUUUGGAACUUUCGAGCAGCAGGAUGUUGGAGGACUAUCACAUUUUUAAUCAGGAUAAGAAAAAUAGAAUAAUUGUGGUCGAGUUUAGGCAGCUUGCAGGGUCGUUUAUUAGAAUUUGCCCGGGAUCUGAAGUAAAUUCGGCGCUAUCGCAGCUAGUAGCAGAAAUACAGCAUGGAUUGGCGAUUGGACUGGCUCCAAAUUUGACGAUGGAUGGGACUGGAGGGACUUAUUUUUUGAAAAAUACUUAUAAAAAGAUCAGGGCAGUUUUUAAACCCCUUGAUGAAGAAGCUUUUGCUCCGUUUAACCCGAGAGGCCAUGUCGGGAAAUUUGGAAGCCCAGGAUUUCGACCAGGAGUUUUGUCAGGAGAAGCUGGGUAUAGAGAAGUUGCCGCGUAUUUAUUAGACCAUCAAAGGUUUUCAGGCGUUCCCAAUACUACUCUUGUUGAAUGCCAACAUGAUAAUUUUUAUCAUGGAACCGACAGAAAUGCAGAAAAAAACCCAAAAAAAGGGUCACUGCAAGAAUUUAUAAAAAGUCAAGGAUGUAUUGAAGAUUUCUCGUCUUCACUAUUUACCAAGCAAGAAGUUCAAAAAAUUGCUAUAUUAGAUAUAAGAAUAUUGAAUAUGGACCGAAAUGAAGCAAAUAUUUUAGUUCAGGAUAAUUUCCAUUUAGUGCCCAUUGAUCAUGGGCUUUCGAUCCCUGAUUGUUUGGAUAUUUCUGAAUAUGACUUGUGCUGGAUGUCUUGGCCACAAGUAAAGAGCCCAAUUGAGCCAGAAUGUUAUGAUUAUAUUGAAACUAUUGACCCUGUAGCUGAUAUAAGCUUGCUGAGAGAUACAAUGCCAUUUAGAGAUAAAUGUCUCAGGAACAUUAGAGUAUCAAGCUUAUUAUUAAAAAAAGGUGCGGAAGCUGGCCUCAGUCUUUUUCAUAUCGGCUCAAUGUUGUAUCGUGAAGGAUACGAAGACAACCCAUCUAUAAUAGAAAACAUUAUCGAUAAAUCUCGAAAUAUGUAUUAUACCCUCAACGAGCACCUCCAUACUCGACUUAUGAUUGAGCGAUCUUUAAGCCCUCGAAUAAAAAACAAUCGUCAGCGUGCCUUUUCUUCAGGCGAGGAGUCUUUCCUAGACACUUUAGCCAGACUUUCCCCCAAGAAUCAAAGUUCUCCACAGAACACUGAGACAGAUACGUCUGAUAAUGCUUAUGAUGUAGUCAUGAUGAUUUCUGAAUUAUCUGACUCCCUCUCUUUAAAUUGGAACAAAAAUGUCUAUUCCCAAUUUAAAAGGGGCUAAUUUUUUUUCGAUAAAAAUUUUAAAUAAUAAAUAUGGUACGCUAUUUUGAAAAUUAAUUUAUUUUUAUGAAGAAAUAAUUCAAAAAUUAAUUGAUUUAGUGCGAAAACUUUUCUACUUGCAUUUUUUCUAUUAAAUUAGCCAAAACUAAUUUAUAAAAAUUAGUAUUUUCGCCAUUGUCUUUUUAAAAAAGUUAUAAAACGAGCACACAUUCUACUUGAGCUUUGUCUUUUAAAUUAGGUCAAAACUAAUUUUCAUAAAAAAUAAGAAUUUUCAUUAAUAAAAUUUUUUAUGUAAAAAAAUUGUUCUAAUUUAAAGGGGGUUAAAGUACCCAAAGUCAAAUUUUUACCGAUUUUUUGUUCAAUUUAAAGCGGGGAGAGUGAAGAAGACGAAGAAGACCAUGAAAAUUUCCCCCAUCUGGACUCUCUAGGGAGGAGCCUCUCACUGCCUUCUUUAAUGGAUGAUCAUUCUAUUAAGAAGAAAGUCAAGAAAAAGCGUGAUGAAGACGAAGCGUUCAAUCAAAAAUUAUUUUAUUAUAUAGAAGCCUUCAUGGAGCAAGCUAUCGAAAUGAAGGUCAAAGAUCUUAGAAGUAAUUCUUACUUAGAAAAUGAAACCCCUGAAGGGCGUAUCAGAUCCUGCAGUUAUGCACUUGGCUAA